AAGGGGUGCAGUUUUUCCGAACAGCCAGGUCAUGUCAUUAAAGAUGGAAAUGGAUGCCAGUGGAGCGUCCAGGGCACCCAUAUCUGUUCUGCCUGCAGCUGAGGUCAAAAGCACCCUGAAGCCUGAAGCCGAUAAACCCCGCUGCUCCAGCACUCCCUGCUCCCCCAUUAAAAGUACUGUCUCAGGAUACCAGAUCCUUCACAUGAACUCCAACUAUCUCGUGGGCUUUACAACUGGCGAGGAGCUUCUCAAAUUAGCCCAGAAAUGGUCAAGUCCUGACAGCAGCAACACAGAGGCCUUGCCCAGCCCCAUUAAAAAGCCUGUGGAUUUAGGUCUGCACCGAGCCUCACGGAUUUACAAAGCCAAAAGCCGUUACUACCAACCGUACGACAUCCCAGCCGUCAAUGGGCGAAGGAGGCGGCGCAUGCCCAGCUCAGGCGACAGCUGCCUGAAGUCCAUAGUGAGCGGGGAGCCAAGCAAGGCUUUACACGGGCCCCUGCCUCUCUGCCUGUUGAAGGGCAAACGGGUUUACUCCAAGUCCCUGGACUACCUCAACCUGGACAAGAUGAGCCUCAGGGAGCCGGUGGACACAGAGGUGCUGCAGUACCAGCUGCAGCAUCUGAAUUUGCGGGGUGAGCGCGUAUUCACCCGCAACAAAACAUGAGUUCUCACGUCAACCUUCACCUGCCCACGGUUGUCUGACU